AUGUCUCCAGGACUCUCUCGUCUUUAUGAACUUCAACCUGAUCCUUAUGAUGUGUCUCAGAAGAAGCCGGUUCGCAUAUGUUUAUUUACUGAAGUUAAAAAUGCGCCCCUCCUGAGGGUCCAAUUAAAAGAAGGAAAAAUCGAUGCUGCUAUGAUUAGAGCUGAACUGAUUUUGGAACCGUUCAUUCUGUUAGCUGCGGCCAAUAGAGCUGUUCAUCAAAUGGCUCACAAUCGUCUUUCGACUAGGAGUUUAUCGGCUGAAAUGAUAUACAGCUUGAGUCCGAGUAGAAAUAUUUCUGAUUCCUUAGUCACUUUCGGAAUCGCUGAGAACAGCGAAAAUAUAGUUGUUUGUAUAUUCGACGAUAAAGAUGGAAGCAAGAUGAAGUCUGUUGCCGAGAAAAUAGAAGGAAAGCCUCAGAAUCUAGAUCUUCUUCCUAGUAUUGCCAAUAUGGCCCUUAUUAAAAGAGUAUAUCAGAUUAAUGAUUUGCGCUAUAAGGAAGAAUCCAUAUCGGAUCACAUCCUGACCAGAUUAGUCACUAAAGAUUUCACAUCUUGA